AUGGUUAAGUAUACAAAAGAACGCUUAUUAAAAAAUCCAAUGAUAGUUCAUAUAUCUAAUUGUGGUUUGGAAAUAACAUACAGCCCAAUUUACAAAGCUUAUAUUAAUCAAGUAUUUACCCAUACUACUCAUGGUGGAGCACCAAGAAGAGAAGUUGUUGCCCAAGAACUUUUUCCAAAAAAAUUUCUUCUAGAUAAGGCUGUAAUAUAUAAGAAACUUUCAAAAAAUGAUUUGCAAUUAUUGGAUAAAGAAAUAAUUCAACAAUCUAAGUGGAAAAUUGAAGGUCUAGUAGUACGAUCUGUUUCAUGCGAGCAAUAUACUACAAAUUCUUCUCAUUUAUGUAAUUAUUGUAAAGAAGUUCAAGAUGACCAAGUUUUUAAAGUAUAA